AUGGCGCUGGACCUGUGGCCGCCGGCGGCGACGCUUGCAGGGAGGUCCGACGACCUGGGGAACGGAUCCGGGCGGCGAGGAGCUCCUCAGAAGUACGCCUACGAGCUUCUGGAGCGAGCGGGCAUGCUUAACUGCAAGCCUGCUCCUACGCCUGUCGACACGAAGGCUAAGGUGUCCGCCGUCGAGGGUUCACUGGCGUCCGACGCUCCCUUCUACCGCUCCAUCGUCGGUGCACUUCAGUACCUUACACUGACGCGUCCGGACAUUCAGUACGCUGUCCAGCAGGUGUGCCUUCAUAUGCAUGCUCCUCGUGACACCCAUUGGGCUCCCGUGAAACGUACACUUCGGUACAUACGUGGCACCAUAGCCAUGGGUCUCACUCUGACGGCAUCACCUGACACCAGCCUUGUCGCCUACUCCGACGCCGACUAG